AGUUUCAUACCACGUGAUCCCAAAAGGCCACGCGAAUCUGACUUCCGGCUCGUUCAGUGUUGUUUGCUGCAUGUACCGCGCGCCGCGUGUGUGGACCUCACGUUCGUACGUAAUAGGCUACCCAGUUGCAGCUACCUGCGAGGAGAAGCGUCGUACUCGUUAAAGCUAGCCGUUUUCACCGAAAAAAUGUCGACUCCUGUCAUGAGCCAGAGGACCAGCACACGGUCCAGCAAGACCGUCAAACAUGUCGUUAGUAGUAGUAGCAGUCGGUCUUCCCCAAGGAGCCCAACGGCUAUCAGCCGGACCCAGGAGAAAGAGGAGCUCAUGGAUCUGAACGACCGCCUUGCUAUCUACAUCGACAAGGUCCGCUCCUUGGAGUCAGACAACAGCAGGCUGAUGAUGCAGAUCUCAACCGUGGAGGAGACCCAGAUGCAGGAGAUCGCCAAUCUGAAGUACAUGUACGAGAAGGAACUGGCGGACAUGAGGAAGUUGCUGGACGACACGGCGAAAGAUAAGGCCAGGCUGCAGAUCGAACUCGGCAAGCAGAGGAACGAGUUGGACGACAUGAAACCUAGGUACCGGCGGAUGGAAAAGGAUCUGGAAGCUGCCAACAAGCGCAUCCAGGCCCUGGAGACAUCCCUGGGUGAGAGGGACGGCCGCAUCAGUGCCAUGCUGCAUGAGAAGAAGCAGCUGGACGAUCUGGUCAACGAACUGAGGAAGAACCUGGCCAGCAAGGAGAAACAGCUACAGGCUGCUAAGAAGCAGGUUGAGGAGGAGACAGUGCUACGUGUUGACCUGGAGAACCGUAUUCAGAGUCUGAGGGAGGAGCUGGACUUUAAGAAGCAGAUGUACGAUCAGGAAGUUAAAGAGAUCCGAAGCAAGUCCACCAUUGAUUUCACCGAGAUUGACAACCAGGCCCGCAGCGAAUACGAGAGCAAGCUGAUCGAGAGUCUACAGGAGCUGAGGGAACAACAUGAGGCCCAGACCCUGCAGCUGCGAGCAGAGACUGAAUCCAUGUUUGAGUCCAAGGUGAGUGACUUGAAGGCCCUAGCCGAGCGCUACCGCAACGCCUCGGUGUCAAGCCAAGACGACCUGCGUAUCAUGCGUACUAAAGUGGACAACUUGCAUUCAGAGCUGAACACCAUCAAAUCUCAGAAUGAUGCCCUGAUCGCUCGCAUCAAAGACCUAGAAGAUCAGCUCAAGAUAGAGCAGGACAACCAUUACGAGGCCCUGAACGACCGCGACAAGGAGCUGCAGCAGUUGCGAGACGCCAUGGCCAGCCAGAUGCUGGAGUAUGAAGAGCUCUUGAGCAUCAAGCUGUCCUUGGAUACUGAGAUCGCCGCCUACCGCAAGCUAUUGGAAGGAGAGGAGAGCAGGUUGAAAAUAACCCCGUCUCCACCGCGCAAGACCCAAAUCAGCCAGCGCGUGUCUCGGGGAGUCAAGAGGCGUCGGAUUGAUGAGGAGGCCAGCACAGUUCAGAGCUCCACGACCACCGGCCUGGUAGCUAUCAUUGAGAGGGAUCUCAAGGGUGACUUCAUUAAGCUUCAGAACACCUCUGACCAGGACCAAGCCUUAGGUGGCUGGACCCUCAAAAGUCAAGUGGACGGUGGGGAUGAGCUCAACUACAAGUUCUCGGCCAAGUAUGUCCUGAAGGCCAGCAAGGAGGUGACAGUGUGGGCCGCUGGCAGUGGCCAUGGGCACAACCCGCCCUCUGACCUGGUCUUCAAGAACCAGAAGAGCUGGGGCAUCGGGAAGGACGUUGUCAGCACACUGGUGGAUGCCUCCGGGGAGGUGAUGGCAACCCGCACUGUAAGCACUUCGUCAAUCAGCUACAAUGACGAUUCACAGGAGGUGGGCAAUGAAGAAUUAUUUCAUCAGCAGACCCAGGGCGAUCAAGGCAAGAGCUGUUACAUCAUGUAAACCCACUGACUAUGAUGCCAGCACGGCACCACCGACAACCGCAUCCUUCGACAGUUCUAGUUAUUCAGCUUCAAAGCAAAAAUGGUCCUUGAAGUGGAAUUGAACUUCCAACCGUCCUUGCUGUCCCAAGCAUGCAUUGAAAAUGUUCAUGCAGUUAUUGCCUUCUGAAUCCUCUGCAUGAAAUUGUUCAUUUCUGUUUUGUUCUGUUUUAGGGAACAUUUCAUAAUUACAGAAGGCGGUAUUUACUGCAGUACCGCUGUAUUUUUGCGGUACCAGCAUUAAGCCCUUUUGGGUAACUAGUGCAGUGCCGCUAAAAAAACAGUGGUACCGCAGUAAAUACCGCCUUCAACAAGUAUGAAAUGCUCCCUUACUUUGACUCGUGCGUAUUUGCAUUACUUGAGGGGAUAAAAAUGUGGUGACCUGAUCUUAACCCUUUCAGAAGCAACCCCAAAUAUAGGGUUGUGGAGGCUAUUUAUGGAAGGCCAGUGCCUGAUCAGGGGUCCCUUUUGGCCUUGUAAAGAUAGGAUCGUGACAUGUUUCCGUUAAUACCAUACCGAAAUGGUUGUAAAAAGUGUUCAAUAAAAAUUUGCAGCCUCUGUUUUUUCCCGUGUGUGUCAUUGAGAGACACUGACAUUCAGUGCCAUAGUCUCUUGUGUGUCCAUAUCCACUCACUGAAAUACAUGUAGUCUGUGGGGUGUCUAUUUGCACUCUGUGGAAUAGUCUGUGGGGUGUCUGUUUGCACCCUGUGGAAUAGUCUGUGGGGUGUCUGUUAGCACCCUGUGGAAUAGUCUGUGGGGUGUCUGUUUGCACCCUGUGGAAUAGUCUGUGGGGUGCCUGUUUGCGCCCUGUGGUAUACUCUGUGGGGUGUCUUUUUGCACUCUGUGGAAUAGUCUGUCGGGUGUCUAUGAGCACUCUUUGGAAUAGUCUGUGGGGUGUCAAUAAGCACUCUUUGGAAUAUUCGGUAGGGUGCCUAUAUGCACUCUGUGGAAUAGUCGGUUGGGUGUCUAUAUGCACUGUUUGGGUGUAUAUGUACAAGUACUGUUGUGUACAAAGUGCCCAGCCUCGUUACUUUUUGCCUCCUGGCUACUUUAUGCUUAAUAUUCCUACUUUUUGCCUUUUGUUGACAACGACCAAUUUAUUUGAAUGUGUUGCUAUUGAGCAGUCCGGCCAAGUUGUUUUUAAAGGAUUAGUGCACUCAUAGUCACCUAGAGUGGCUUUUAAAGACUUUCAAACAACCCAGCUGUGCUUGUGUUUGUAAUGAAGGCAGUGGCCGUUUUUAUCAGUUGGAAAGUGGGGCAGAAAACCUUUAGGACAAAAAAAAUAGAUCCAAAGGUAGAGCUUAUGCUCAGAUAACAAUGUUUUGUCUUUUGUAUAUAUAUUAACCUGCUCACUGUACAGGCGUGUAGUUAACAUAGUGUUUUCACUGUUGUGUUCAGUCAUUAAAAAAGUAAUUAGGUGUUUUUGGUAGAAAUUAAAUAGAAUUUUAAAAGCGUCAAAGUUUUUUUUGGGAGGGGGGGUUUAUUUGCCUUUUCCCCAGAAACUUUGGAAAGGUUUUUUUUUAAGAAAUGUAGAAAUCAUUGUACAAAAACUUGGGGUCUCCUCACUUUCAGAAAACUUGGGGGAGGGGUGGGAAUGAAUGGGAUGAACUCUGCAGAAAACAUUGUUUUAUUCACAAAAAAAGUUUAGUUUUAAAGUGGGAGGUAAAAUAUUUUCUCUUGCCGACCCUUUCAUUACGUUGGCAUGCAGUUCAGAUUUUGUUUCAAUACGCAUAAGUGUCCGAGGGGGUAGUAUUUAUGUCAUGUUCAUUAGUUCAGUCCCAGUCGUUUCAGUUCUAUGAAACCAUUUCAAGCUUACCUGUAUUCCAAAGACAAGUUCAGGGUAAGUCCUCAGAGCUAUUUUUUUUAAAAACAGCUGACUGAUGAAAUACGAUGCAAUUGAAUUACUCGGCAGUUGCUUUUUUUAACAUCACUGGUAACCGUCAGCAAAUCGUUUAAAACUCCCCUUGUAACAGGUGAACGGAUGUCGCAUAGGGUUACCGUUAAAAAAAGAAAAAGAAAUUCAGUUCAGCAUGUUCGGAAUUGCUAGUCUUGAUUCUAAUUGUUGGAAAUUGUUGCUUCAUCUUUUGUUUCUAGAACUAAGACUUCCAAAAUGGUUCACCGAAUCAUUGUUUUUCCUGGUGAGAAAAAGUUGUAAUAGAUUGCCAUAAAAGUUUUUAUGAAGUUAUAAUUUUUGUGCUAACUUACAAGUUUUUGGUGAUUGCCAUGAAGCUUGGACAAGUUUUAUCGCACCAUUUUUUUUAACUACUUAGUUCACGUCUUUAAAUGUAAUCAGAUUUGUGGUGAAAAUAGAGCUGGUAACUUGUAGGCUGGGAUUUUUCUGUUGAUGCUUCCUGUAUGAAAUAAGUAGAAUCCGUAUGUGCUUCACUUUUCUUUGUAGCUGUCUCUUUUGAUAGGUUGUGAGAGCAAGUAUCCUAUGUUAUAUUUUUAAUAAUUACACUCCUCAGCUUUUUGCGUGUGCUGGUGUUGUCUCCACCUGUUUAUAGAAUGGAUUGUAAACGAUGUCGCUCGUCAUAUGUACUUCGGUGUAUAAUUGUGUUUUGUAGUCCAGGUCUAUUUUUCAUUCCAAAUUCGACCAUGAGAAGCUGAUUAAGAUAUCGAAACCUUGAAAUAACCUAGCUAAGUGUUGAAGAGGGAUCCGCAGGAGAACCGUUUAUGACGUCUGAAUAUUUCAUGAACUGUUUGGAGGCAGUGAUGUGGGUCAAAAUAGGCGCGGAAAACCAGACAGAGGUCCUUCUGGAAAUUGGAGAUUGCGUUGACAGUGACGGCAGGAAUUGGAACUAUUGACCUUCCAUUGCAUCUAAAUGGAGGUGGUACUUCUAACAUCUGCCGAUAUUUCCGUUGAAAUUACCAAAGUCUUAUAACUUGUUCAGAGUUUGCACAAACAUUUCCUGACAUGGGCAUGGAUAAAUUAUAUGAAUGAAUUUCUUACUAAAGCGUAUUGAGUUUAAAUUGAUAGAGGAUUGAAUCAGAAGUGCUUGGACUACAUGCUAGCCGACUGCCAAAAAGUCCUCGUUUGAACUAUGUCGGAGCAAAGGGGUUAUUUCUGAUACAUACUUUUUAUCCUUUUAGUAUUAGGUCAACUUUUGUGGAGAAAAAAGGUAUUGAUCAGAUGUAGAGCAAAAUACACGUUCAUGUUAUGUUUGUCAGAUUAAUAGUUGAGAGCCAUAGUGGAAGUCAAACUUCAUGGCUGAAUGCAUAAAAAUGCGGUUAUUUUACACAGCGCAAUUUUUUGUGUCACGCAUAUACAUUAAAUACCUUUUUCUAAUCUGUCUAAUUUCAUUGUAGCGGAUACACAUGCAAAAAUACUUGCUGAUGUACUUCCUGUAAGUUAAUAGGAUCUUUUGGUUUUAUCUGUAGUGUAGAGAAAGUUUAUGUUUGACCAUCAUAAAUAUUUACCGUCUUUCCCCCAAAAUCUUUGAAUGAUAAUCGGUAAGGUCAUCCCAGUCGUGAAAUGGAUUGGAAAACUACUACUACUGACUAAAAUACACUUUCCAAAAAAAAUCAAUGUAACAAAUCAACAAGAACUGGUGACACAAUGAAAACAGUUAUUUUGUAGGUACCAAGACUGAACUAGAUACAUGAAGGUCAUUGUAAAAUUGUAAUGAAAAAUUGUAAACAAUAUUAUAAAGCAACCGAUUCCAUACCCCUUAAUUUGGCUUAGUUUGAUGAUCCAAGAAAUCGCCAGUUUUAUGCUUUCUCAAUUUCUGCCAUAGAUUAUACAUUUUUCUCCUCUGCCUCGAAUGUUAAUAAAACAUUAGGAUGUGCUUGCAAAAC